UCCAGUUCUCCCCUGCACACCCUCCUCGCGCCUCUGCAACUGCAAACUCCAAUCUGUUCUCACAUCUCUCGCCGCCGCCUCGCCUCACCUUCCCUCCCAAAGCUGCCUCUAGGGUUUCGCCUCGGGUUCCUCCCUUCCGCCUCUCCUCGUCUCGAGCAACUCGCCCGUCCACCCGCUGCCCAGCGGCUGCGUAGACGUCGGUGGCCGCGGCGGCCCAGGCGUAGCCAGAGCUAACUUUUCUCGUGGGCGGCGCUUCGGGGGAAGGGAGGCCGGUCGGCGAGCUGCGGUGGCCAUGUCGCAGACGAACUGGGAGGCUGACAAGAUGCUCGAUGUUUACAUAUACGACUAUUUUAUGAAGAGAAAUUUGCAGGCAACUGCAAAGGCCUUCCAAUCAGAAGGGAAGGUUUCUUCAGAUCCAGUUGCAAUUGAUGCACCUGGUGGGUUUCUUUUUGAGUGGUGGUCAGUUUUUUGGGAUAUAUUCAUAGCAAGAACAAACGAGAAGCAUUCAGAUGUUGCAGCGUCAUAUAUUGAGACGCAGCUCAUGAAAGCCCGGGACCAACAACAGCAGUUACCUCAACAGCGGCAGCAGCAACCACAGCAUAUACAAAUGCAACAAAUGUUGUUACAAAGAGCCGCACAACAGCAGCAGCAGCAACAUCAGCAGCAGCAGCACCAACAUCAGCAGCACCAACAGCAGCAACAGCAGCAGCAGCAGCAGCAACAGCAGCAGCAGCAACAGCAGCAGCAGCAGCAGCGUAGAGAUGAUUCUUAUCUUCUUAAUGGUACUUCAAGUGGACUUUCUGGAAACAAUCCUUUAAUGCGACAAAACCAAAGUACCGCAAAUGUUAUGGCGACCAAAAUGUAUGAGGAGAGGUUAAAGUUGCCUUCCCAGAGAGACUCUUUGGAAGACACAUCUAUGAAGUUGCAGCAAAGGUAUGGAGAAAAUGCUGGGCAACUACUUGAUCCGAAUGAAACAUCACUGCUGAAAGCAGCUGCAAGUGGACAAUCCUCAGGGCAAAUUUUGCAUGGUUCCAUUGGUGGUUUGUCGGGCACUAUGCAACAAAUUCAGGGUAGAAGCCCCCAACUUCCAGGGCAUGCUCAGCAGAGUAUCAAGACAGAGAUAAAUCCCAUUUUGACACCUAGAGCUGCUGGUCCUGAGGGGUCAUUCAUGGGUCUACAAGGAUCUAAUCAAGCUGCCAAUAAUUUGACUCUCAAAGGAUGGCCACUCACACAGGGACUUGAGCAACUUCGGUCUGGAAUUCUACAGCAGAAGUCAUUCAUGCAGAAUCAACAUCAAUUGCAACAACAGAUCCAAUUUCUGACUCCACAACAACAGCAGCAGCUUGCGUUGCAGGCGCAGCAAAAUAUGGCUUCCCCAACAUCUAGUGAUGUUGACAGCAGAAGAUUGAGGAUGAUGUUUAACAACAGGAAUGUAGUUCUUGGGCGGGAUGGGCAGACCACAAGCGGUGGAGAUAUCAUUCCAAAUAUUGGCUCUCCUAGUCAAAGUGGUGGUGAUAUAGACAUGCUAAUAAAGAAGAAAAUUGCUAAUGCACACCACCACCAGCAGCAACAGCAACAACUAUUACAACAACAAAGCAAUAGCCAACAGCAGCACCAUCAGGCUGUCUCUAGUCAGCAGUCUCAAAGCUCAAAUCAGCUUCUCCAACAAGAAAAGCCAGGAACUGGAAAUAUGCCUGUUGAUGGGGGCAUGCCGAAUUCUUUUGGGGCCACCGAUCAAUCAACGAAGAAAAGAAAGAAGCCUGGCUCUUCCUCGGGUAGAGCUAAUAGUUCAGGAACUGGAAAUACUGCUGGCCCGUCUCCAGGUUCUGCACCCUCGACACCUUCCACUCAUACACCAGGAGAUCCGAUGCCAGUACCACAACUUCAGCAGAAUGGUGUUUCAGCAAAACCCUUGGCAAUGUUUGGCUCUGAUGGCACUGGAAGCUUGACAUCUACCGCAAACCCACUGGGUGAUGUGGACCGUUUGCUGGAAGAAGGAUUGGAUGAAAAUGUUGAAUCUUUUCUGUCACAGGAUGACAUGGAUCCCAGGGAUACCUUGGGACGCUGCAUGGAUGCCAGUAAAGGGUUUGGCUUUGCUGAGGUUGCAAAAGCACGUGCAAGUGCAAGUAAAGUUGUUUGUUGCCACUUCUCAUCCGAUGGCAAAUUGCUUGCUACUGGUGGUCAUGAUAAAAAGGUUCUUUUAUGGUGUACAGAUCCCCUGAAGCCUAAAUCCUCGUUAGAAGAGCAUUCAUUUUUGAUAACCGAUGUUCGAUUUAGCCCAAGCAUGUCCCGCCUUGCUACAUCUUCCUUUGACAAAACCGUACGGGUUUGGGAUGCUGACAAUACUGACUAUUCGCUCCGUACUUUCACGGGUCAUUCAGCAUCUGUGAUGUCACUUGAUUUUCACCCCAAUAAAGAAGAUAUUAUUUGCUCCUGUGAUAGUGAUGGGGAAGUCCGCAGUUGGAGCAUUAACAAUGGUAGCUGCCUGACCUGUGUCAAGGUUUUUAAGGGAGGUGCCACUCAGAUGAGAUUUCAACCCCGCAAAGGAAAAUAUCUAGCAGCUGCAUCAGAGAAGGCUAUCUACAUACUUGAUGGGGAGACACAGCAUGCUUGUAGAAGCCCUUUACAGGGUCAUACAAAGGACAUUCAGUCAGUUUGUUGGGACUCUGCGGGUGACUAUCUUGCUUCUGUUAGUGAAGAUGCUGUCAGAAUAUGGUCAUUUACUUCUGGGCAGGAUGGUGAAUUUGUGAAUGAGUUGAACUGCAGUGGGAACAAGUUUCAAACAUGUGUUUUCCAUCCAGCUCACCCUUCUUUGCUAGUCAUUGGUUGUUAUGAGUCCUUGGAACUUUGGGACAUCAGGGAGAAGAAUGCCAUGACCUUGAACAAUGCUCAUGACGGUUUAAUUGCAGCCCUAGCAGCAUCGAGCGCAACAGGCAAGGUUGCCUCAGUUAGUCAUGACAGGCUUGUCAAGCUCUGGAAAUGACUUGUAAAAUAGUGACUGUUGUUUGUCGACUUUUACAUUCUGUUGCUAGAUUUUAUAGAGAACAGGAUGGUUCAGAUAACCACAUGACAAGGAGGUACUAUCUAACAAAAGGCAGGUUUGCGAUUUGUGGUUGUCUUAGUUGUAUCUUGUAUGCUGCUUCUCAUGUUUGUAACUCGUUAUAGAAUGGGCUGUUUGCCUGCUGUUACAUUGAGGACUUUGUGCUGAUUAAAAGUUACAGAACUACC